UGCUCUCUCCAUCCCCAAAACAAUCUCUUCUCAGAAACCUAUCUCCAGCAAAUCUCUUCUUUAAUUUUUUCCUCAAGACCCUUAUUUCUCUCAAGUUCACACAAUAAAACAUGAUCAACAACAGGAAGCUUCUUGCCAUGGCAAGAAAGUGGCAGAAGUUGGCAGCCAUCGGCAGGAGAAGAAUCUCAACAUCGCCAAGAACUAAACUGCAACGGGAUGUAGAUGAGUGCAGCGCAAUGGUGGCAAUUAAAGAUCACUUCGUUGUAUACACGGCUGAUCAGAACCGUUUUGUUAUUCCAUUGGCGUAUCUCAACAAUCCCAUCUUCAUAGAGUUACUCCGAAUGUCCGAAGAAGAGUUUGGACUACCGAGCGAUGGUCCUAUCACAUUGCCAUGCGACUCGGCGUUUGCAGAGUACAUCAUCUCAAUGAUGCAAAGACGUCCUUCAAGAGACUUAGAGAAGGCAUUAGUUGUGACCCUAUCUACAUAUCGGUGCUCAUUAUCUUCUUCUCUCCACCAAGAACCAGGAAAUCGCCCUAUACUUGUCAAUGGCUUUUGAACAUUGCUAUAGCCCAUCAGGACCAUGAUCUCCAAUUCUUCUUUCUUUUUGUAUAUAAUUAUACAUAUACAAAUUCUAUAGCUGUAUCAUCAGCAGAAUUUUUUAAUGAAAAUGAAAUUGGGUUCGUAACAUUUACUCAUCCAAAUGUAUGUUAGUAUAUAUUCCCAUAUCGUGAGAAGUGCCCACC